AUGUCAGCUCAAGAUUAUUACGGAAAUUCCACAUCGAAACAAAGCUAUUCUCGUCCUACCGCCCCACCGCCAGGAUAUGAAACAGGAUCUAGGGGUUACGCUCCCGCGCAAAGCCAACAACAAUAUUAUCCGCCUCAGCAACAACAAUAUUAUCAACAAGGGCCUCAAUACUACCAACAGCAACAGCCUCAAUACUACCAACAGCAUCCACAACAGCCCAUUUAUGUUCAACAACAGCCAACCAGUAGUGGAAACCAGGACUGUUUAACAGGCUGUUUAGCAGGGUUGUGUUUAUGCUGUACCUUGGAUAUGCUGUUCUAA